CUGUCGCGGAGAUAGCGUCAUCACGUCUGCGCCCUCACGCACACGUCUUUAGGACGCGACAGCUGUUGAGCUCGGCGUUGAAUGUGUCGCGCUCUGCUCAUUUAUCAUGGCACCAUCACCAACCAAGCGCAGGGAGCGUUCAGAGGACAAACCCAGGGAACGAGGGAAGGAGAAGCCUGCUGGGAAAGAGGGAGCGGAGAAGGAGAAGGAUAAGGAGAGAGGCAGAGACAAGAUCCGGAAGCGGCGCAGUAACUCCACCGGGAGCAGCAGCAGCAGGAAGGAAAAAAGAUCCAGGUCCAGUUCCAGCUCCAGCAGCAGCUCUGGGUCCAGUUCGGGAUCGUCCAGUGGGUCCAGCUCCUCUUCUGGUUCCAGCCGCUCCGGUUCCUCCAGUUCCUCUCGUUCCUCUAGUUCAUCCGGGUCCUCUGGCUCUCCCAGUCCAGGCCGCCGUCGCCAUGACAACCGGCGCCGCUCACGGUCAAAGUCCAAAUCACAAAAACGGACCGAUGAGAAAGAGAGGAAGAGGAGGAGCCCGAGCCCCAAACCCACCAAACUUUAUCUGGGAAGACUCACCAGGAACGUAACCAAGGAACAUAUUCAGGAGAUCUUCUCAACGUAUGGCAAGAUCAAGAUGAUUGACAUGCCUCCCGACCGUCUGCACCCUAAUUUGUCAAAGGGUUACGCUUAUGUGGAGUAUGAGUCUCCAGAGGACGCACAGAAAGCCCUGAAACACAUGGACGGAGGUCAGAUCGACGGUCAGGAAAUCACCGCCACUGCUGUCCUGCCCCAGAGGAUUCGCCCCCCCAUGAGAAGACCGUCCCCCCCGCGCCGGAUGCCUCCUCCGCCGCCCAUGUGGCGCCGCACGCCGCCUCGCAUGAGGAGAAGGUCUCGCUCUCCUCGGCGACGCUCCCCGGUGAGAAGACGCUCUCGCUCCAGGUCUCCGGGUCGCAGACGACAUCGCUCCCGCUCCAGUUCCAACUCGUCCCGUUAGCCGGCGCUCCAUUCUCACCAGUGGCUUCUCCUGUCAGCCCUUUCAUUCAUUUUUUUAGCUGGAGAUGACAAAGAAAGUGUCUGGUUUUAUUUCCUUUUCUCUAGUACCCCUCAGGAUUGUACGUAAAAGCCCAGUCUUAUAACAUCAUCAGUGGAUGUGCUUGGUUUUUUUUAUUGCCUCUGUGUUCGUACUCUCACUGGGAUCGUGCUAGAUGCUUCAUUUUACUGUGACUCGUUUUGUAAUGUGCUGUACUUUUUGUUUUCUAUUUUUGAGAGACUCCGCUUUUUACCGGUUUAUGUUGUGUGAUUAAAAUGCAUGAACUUUUGUAUUCAAAUGUUUGCAUUUUUCAUGGAAUCGUUUCUGUUAGUGACAUUAGCGACCUCUCUCGACAUCACCACCUAAUCCUGUAAAAUCUGAUGAUCUGUAAGAUUGAAAACAGAAAAAUCAAUAAAGCAGUUUAACAAGUAAAGUCAUCA